AUGACCUUGAAUAAUUCUUUUACAUACCAGAGCUCAUUUCCUAGUAUAUAUGGUGGAGGCACAAGAUGUUACUACUAUUCAUCAGGAUCACUUAUAUAUGGAGAGAAAGAAAGAUUUUUGCCAACCCCAUGGACAUCGGUUAACUACUGGCUGUGGUGGUCGGAUCCUCAACUCUCACAGAUAUUUUGGAAAACAACCUUGCCUCAAUUAACCAAUCAGUACCAAGUGAAUGAAGUUGAUCCUUAUGAAAACUGUUGUAAUUCUGGUUCUCCCUAUCUUUGCUACCUGUAUUCAUUAAAAAGGCCCCGGGAUUCCUGCUAUGGAUACAUCCCACCGAAGAUCGGAUUUUUCUUUGGGGACCCUCAUAUUAACACACUGGAUGGAGUGCAGUAUACCUUCAAUGGUUUGGGUGAAUUUACAUUGGUUAAUGUUAUGGAUGAUAAUGGUACAAUUUUCACGCUCCAGGGACGCACAGCCAGAGCAGGGACUAAUGCAACAUCCCAAGCAACUAAUUUUGUGGCACUGGCCGCAGAUAUAAGCAAUGUGACUACGAUUGAGUGGCAACUGUCUAAUGAGAAUAUGACAAUUGUUAUGAUUAACGGAUCUGUAAUCCCCUUGUCUGCUGGAAAUGUCACCGCACUCAGUAAGGCCACGCUAGAAAUUACAUCUGAGGGUGAAGUUAAUGCCAAUUUUGAAGGAGGCAUCUCUCUGUCAGUAACUGCUAAACUCGGAGCCUUGAGCUUUGUUACAACAUUGGAUGCUUCAUAUCAAAACAAAACAGAAGGACUUCUGGGUGUCUUCAACGGGGAUAAGACAGAUGACUUAAAGUAUUCAAAUGGAACAGUUCUGAGCUACAAUGGAGUGAAACUCCCCAAUGAAUCUCUGAUCUUUGACAUGGGAAUGACAUGGAAAACCACUCCGCAGAACAGCAUCUUUACCUAUAACUCUACAAAUAAUGAAUCUUGGUACACCUACAACAAUAACAGCUUUGUGCCUCUGUUUUAUGAUGAGUUACUUUUGACUACAAACGAAACCCUUAUCAACAGUGCAAACUCAACUUGCAAAGGGAAUAAUGAAUGCAUAUUUGACAUUCUGAGCACUGGCAAUUUUGCCCUGGGGCAAGCCACUCUUGGCACGCUGAAUGCAGCUAUAGAACAAAGCAGCACCAUGAAUAACUUUCCUCCAAAUAUAACUGGGCCAAGCACAAUUAAAGCAGCUCUGAACACGCAAGUGACAGUGAGCUACACAGCAACAGAUCAGAACAAUGACCCAGUGGUGUUCUCUGUGCUGACAAAUUCCGCGGAUGUCAAUAUCACACCUAAUGGUCUGCUAACGUGGAAUCCGAAAAGCUCAGACCCGAUUAACAUCACUAUCCAAGCAAAUGAUUCAAAAGCAGUCACUGAUUUAGCCCUGACACUUGUGCUGUGUAACUGCUCAAACAACAGCAGCUGCCUCUAUGACCAGACAAUUACUCUAUCAAAUUAUAUGAACUUCAAGAUGGCUGGAUGUAACUGCUCUGCUGCAUGGACUGGAAUGUACUGUAAUGAAGAUUUUGAUGGCUGCAUAGAAAAUAAAUGCUAUGUAAACAAUAGCUGUAAUGAUACAAAAGCUCCUGGUGUAGGAUUUACAUGUGAUGCAUGCCCUAAUGGCAUGACUGGAGAUGGAAUACAAUGUGCUGACAUUGAUGAAUGUUAUCUUAACAUAUCAAGUUGUGAACAGAUAUGUAACAAUAUCCCAGAACGGUACAGCUGCAGCUGUAUGGAAGGUUACCAAGUGAAUCAAACCAACAGCUCCAAGUGUGAAGAUAUUGAUGAAUGUAGCAAUUCUACUAUAUAUCCUUGUGCUAACAAUACAGUGUGUAUUAAUACCCCUGGAAGCUACUCAUGCCAGUGUAUGCAGGGGUAUCAAGGAAACCCUACUCUACUGUGUGUUGAUAUCAAUGAAUGCACGAAUGUGUCUAUUUGUCCAAAUACGUCUACUUGUAGCAACACUGCUGGCUCAUACUUAUGCAACUGUCUGCCAGGAUAUAGUGGGAACAAUUGUACAGAUAUAAAUGAAUGUGAGAUAAACAACACAUGUUCCCUGAAUUCGAUCUGUACUAACACUAUUGGAUCAUACAGCUGUUAUUGUAAAACUGGCUACAGUGGAGAUAAUUGCACAGAUAUAGAUGAGUGUGCAAAUUAUCAGAAUGACUGCGGAUCAUAUUCUCAGUGCAUAAAUACUAUAGGGUCCUACAAUUGCUUUUGUGUGUCAGGAUACACUGGUGAUGGGAAACAGUGUGCAGGCAACAAUAGAAACUACAACAAACCCACCUACAACAAGCCUCGGAAAUGUGACAGCUGUGGCUAG